CGACGACGCCCAGCGACGCCCGGUCACCACCGCAAGUCCCUAGCACCGUCUGCUUGCUCGCCGCUGCCAGUCGUCCCGAUCGCGAGGUACCAGUGCCCAGUGACGACGUCCGCAAGCUCCCAGUCCGCACCUGCUGUCGAUCACCCAUCGCCCGAGGUCCCAGCGUCCGCCUACCACGCGCACGCUACUCCUUAUGCGCCCAGGCAACCCGCAGCGCCCGUCAGCGUGAACGCACACGCGAGCGCUAGUCCGCGACCGCCUAGGAGUCCCGCUAGCGCACGUCCGCGACACGUCAGUCUGCUCCCAGCGCCCGACGUGCCCCACCAGCAAUCCACGCGUCACUGUCAGUUCUUAUCGCUCCAGCAGGGCACUCGUACUGUUGAUGAGCACGAGCGAGAGUUUAUGAGACUUGCAGCUUUCGUUCCGGACCUGGUUCGCACGGAGGCCCAGAGAGCACAGCGGUUCAUCGACGGGCUUUACCCAGCAGUCCGUCAUAACAUUGUAGGCCACGGGACUCAGACCUACGCUCAUGCAGUUUCUAUUGCCCAGGAGGUGGACGCCAACAUUAGGAGGGAGGCCGUCCGUGAUCGUGCCCAGCCAUCCGCCCCAGUUCAGCCAUUCGCAGCUCCACCAGCCCUACCAGCUGCUCAGCUGACAAAGGAGAAGAAGAGGAAGGGGAAGGGCGCACAGACUGACAGGAGGACCCGACAGAGACAGCAGCAGGUUCCACCGUGCCCGACUUGCGGACGACUUCAUCGGGGAGAGUGCCAUAUAGGUCAGGAAAUUUGCUACUACUGCCACGAGCCUGGACAUUUUGCGAGUCGCUGUCCGAAGAGACUUCAGCAGCAGCCCCAGCAGCCUCAGCAGCCACCACAGCAGCAGCAGCCACGUCAGCAGGCGCAGAGGCCGCCCCAGCAGCAGCAGCAGAGGGGCAGAAGGCAGGCCCGAGUAUACGCGGUUGAUCAGGCCGAGGCAGCACAGCAGCCAGGUACUAUGUCAGGGAUGGUUGUGCUUAAUGAUAUUCAUGUUUUCGCUUUGUUCGACACUAGAGCAACGCAUUCAUUCAUUUCACGACGAUGUCUUGAUGCCAUCGGAUUUCAUGCCGUUACCGUUGUCGAUCCUCUCGAGGUGAGUCUAGCCUCGGGACGAAAGAUAGUGACCUCAACUAAAGCCUCAGAUCUUAGCCUUUCCAUCGGUGGCCGAGUGUUGACUACCGACGCGUUUGUUCUCGAGAUGAGGGACUUCGACCUUAUUCUCGGAAUGGAUUGGCUAUCCUUUUAUCAUGCAGACAUCAGAUGUCACGACCGGGAGAUUACUCUCUAUCUUCUGGGAGACGAAUCGAUCACUUUCUUUGGCUCCAGGAAUCGUUCAUUGCCUCAUGUUGUUUCGAUGGCGAAAGCCACUAAGUUGCUGCGACGAGGCAACUGCCAGGGUUAUCUGGUGAGCCUUGUCGACGAUUCUCAGAAAGCACGAUCACCUCACGAUGUUUCGGUCGUUCGUGAGUUUGUGGACAUUUUCCCAGACGAGCUUCCAGGAGGACCGCCUAACCGGCAGGUGGAAUUCUCUAUCGAUCUUAUUCCAGGGGCCGGUCCAGUAUCCAAAGCCCCAUACCGUAUGGCGCCAAAGGAGUUGCAGGAGCUUAAGGCGCAGAUUCAGGAGCUUUUACGACUCGGUUUCAUCCGGCCGAGCGUGUCACCUUGGGGAGCACUCGUUCUCUUUGUCAAGAAGAAGGACGAAACCAUGCAUAUGUGUAUCGACUACCGGGAUCUUAACCGGUUGACGAUCAAGAACAAGUACCCGCUUCCCAAGAUCGACGACUUAUUUGAUCAGCUGAGGGGAGCCUGUGUGUUCUCGAAGAUUGAUUUACGAUCAGGCUACCACCAGCUGAAGAUUAAGGAGUCAGAUAUCGCUAAGACCGCUUUCAGAACUCGUUACGGCCAUUACGAGUUCGUCGUCAUGCCAUUCGGUCUCAGCAAUGCGCCAGCAGUUUUCAUGGACCUCAUGAAUCGUAUUUUCCAUCCCUACCUCGAUCAGUUCGUUAUUGUCUUUAUUGACGAUAUUCUCAUCUACUCGAAGAGCCAUACGGAGCACGAGGAGCAUCUGAGGGUGGUUCUCGAAACCCUUAGACGAGAAAAGUUGUUUGCCAAAUUCUCCAAAUGCGAGUUCUGGCUCCAGCGAGUAUCUUUUUUGGGUCACGUUAUUACUCAGGCACGUAUCGAGGUGGAUCCUUCUAAGGUCUCAGCUGUUCAGAACUGGUCGACACCGAGGAGUCCGUCCGAAGUUCGCAGUUUUCUCAGUUUAGCUGGCUACUAUCGCAGGUUUAUCGAGGGCUUUUCCAAGAUUGCCCUCCCUCUAUCCCAGCUGACGAGGAAGUCUGUGAAGUUCGAGUGGACUGAUCGUUGUGAGGCGAGCUUUCAGGAGCUCAAGAAGAGAUUAACUUCAGCACCGGUGUUGACUAUUCCCGAUCCUUCUCGAAGUUUCACCAUCUUCAGUGAUGCUUCGAGACAGGGCUUGGGAUGCGUCCUUAUGCAGGAUGGCCAGGUCGUCGCGUAUGCUUCACGACAGCUUAAGCCGCACGAACAGAACUAUUCGACGCACGACUUGGAGUUAGCCGCCGUUGUUCAUGCUCUCAAGAUUUGGCGACACUAUCUUUACGGCGGUCAUUGCGAGAUUUUCACAGAUCAUAAGAGCCUGCAGUACAUCUUCACGCAGAAGGAGCUUAAUAUGAGACAGCGCCGUUGGCUCGAGCUCGUCAAGGAUUACGAUUGCUCUAUUCAGUACCAUUCGGGGAAGGCGAACGUCGUUGCGGAUGCCCUACGCCUAAAGGUGAGGGGUGACUUGACGUACGUCAUUACUCAACAGA